AUGCCGCGCAACGAGCUCAAGCUGGAGAAGAUGGCGAGGCAGUCUCUGCUGCACGAGCUCUGGCAGGAGCAGCAGCGCACCCACGAGGGGGCCGUCGACUGGUUCUUGAGGAACAUGCCGGCGUCCUACUUCCGACAGACCACGGAAGAGUCAAGGUUGCAACACCUGGGGGCCAUAUCCUCUAUGCUCGAGGGGGGCCACGUGGACGCGAAUGGCGUCGAGCGAUUGACUCCCACGAAAGACAUCACUCUCCACUUCCAGCGCGACGUGGAGAACAUGAAGGAGAUGACGUUCGUCCAGUCCACCAAGGGCAGGAGCGAUGGCAUCUUGAGGCUGCUCGACUCCCUUCCUCAGGCGGACGGAAGCCUUCAACGGGUCCACGCGUUCCCCUCCCGAGACGGCAACCUGGCCGUCUACCUGUUCGGGUACAUGAAGCAAGAAGAAGUCCCGCCCGACGCCGCCGGGGGGCACGCGGCUGGCGUAUUUUUCGCCGAGGCCAUCCCCCAGGACACGGAGGCCGGGAAGGCGCGGCGGGCGGCGGCGGCGGCGGUCAUGCCCGCGGCCGCGCACGCGAGCGAGGUGCUGGAGUACGCGGCGUCGGUGCAGGCGGGGGAGUGGCUCGAGAACGAGGCGCACGCUAAGCCGGGGCCCAUGUUCGAGCCCGAGGCGAUGAUGGAGUACCUGUCGCGGUGCGACCCGGAGUUCGUGCAACACAGCCACCCCCGCCGCUUCUGCAAGCACCGCGUCCUGUACGAGGAAGUGAGCGGCACCGAGAGCAUCGCGGUGGACGUGGAAGCUUACCAGGGUGCCGAGGCCGGAGCCACGGAGUUGCGGGGCUCGCACUGGAUCUCCAUGGCCGCCGCGAACGUCCUGCCCAAGAUGGCGCUGUACCAGGCCCUCCGGCUGCUGAAGAGCUACCAGCUGGAGACCAUCCGGUGCCACCUUGACGUGGUCGACGACCCGGGCAACGGCUCCGUCACCAUGAUGAGGAUGCUCGUCAGCGACGGUAGCAGCGCAGCAAAGGCGGCAGUUGCGGGGUCCGGUGACGCUGCAGCUGGUGCAGAGAUCGAUGCAAGCUGGGAGGACCGCUGGGACGAGCCCGGCGCGUGGGACGCCGUCAUGAAGGACUUGCGGAGGAUCAAGUGGGCGGAUGAGCGGGUGUACGAGCUCAUGCUGGAGAAGCACCCGGGGCUGGGUCUGGAAACGUCGGAGGUGAUCGUGGCCCUCGCUAACAUGGUCUACGGAGUGCUCCACAAGACGCACCCAUGGGCAUACUCCAAGUCGCAGAUGUACCACUGGCUGGACAGCCCCCGGUACGUGAGGCACGCCGCCGCGGCGGCGGACCUGUUCUGCUCCCGCUUCUCGCCCGACGUGGACAUGUCGGAGACUGCGGCCAAGACCAAGGCGGGCGAGAUCAGAGCUGCGAUCGUGCGCGACGUGGAGCACGAGAUGGUCCAGGGGCUGCUGCUGAAGAUGGUAGACGGAGUGAUGGCCACCUACAGGACCAACUUCUUCAUGCCCAACCGCUGGGCCCUCAGUCUCCGCGUGGACCCCCGCCUGCUCAUGACCGAAGACGAGCUAAAGGAGGGCAGCGGCUCCGAGGUGCCGUUCGGGGUGUUCUUCGUCCACGGCCGGCGCUUCAACGGCUUCCACUGCCGCUUCCGAGACAUCGCUCGGGGGGGGAUGAGGAUCGUCACCCCUCAGACGUCGGAGCAGGUCGCGAUCGAGGCCGGUAGGCAGUUCGACGAGUGCUACGGUCUGGCGUACGCGCAGCAGCUGAAGAACAAGGACAUCCCGGAGGGGGGAAGCAAGGCCGUCGUACUCGUCGACACUACAAACUCCACGGGUCGCGCCAAGGACCACGCCGUCCGCAAGGGCGUGAAGGCCUUCAGCGACGCUCUCCUCGACCUUCUGGUGGGCACGGAGGAGACUCGCCGGUACGUGAAGGACCUGUGGGGCAAGCAGGAGCUUCUCUACCUCGGCCCCGACGAGCAGGUGAUCCCGCAAGACAUCAACUGGAUCAUCGCCCGCGCCGCGCAGCGCCAGGCCCCCUUCCCCUCCGCCUUCAUGUCCUCCAAGCCUGACGCGGGCAUCAACCACAAGGAGUAUGGAGUUACAUCGGAAGGCGUUUUCGUGUUCCUCGACGAGGCCCUCCGCAACCGCGGCAUCGACCCCAAGGCGGGCCAGAAGUUCACCCUCAAGCUCACUGGGGGACCCGACGGGGACGUCGGGGGGAACAUGAUCAAGAUCCUCAACCGCGAGUACGGGGACGCCUGCCUCAUCGUCGGGGUCGCGGACGGCACGGGCAGCGCCGAGGACCCCGAGGGGCUCAGCCACGCCGAGCUGCUGCGCUUGUUCGAGGAGGGCCUGCCCAUCUCCGCGUACCGCUUCAACAAGUUCGGUCCCAAGGGCGUCCUGCACACGUGCGACAACGACGAGGGCAUCCGGGCGCGCAACACGAUGCACAACCGGGUCAAGGCCGACGCCUUCGUUCCCGCCGGCGGGCGCCCCGGGACUAUCAACGGCUCCAACUGGCGGUCCUACCUCGACAGCGACGGGACCCCUUCCAGUACUCUCGUUGUAGAAGGAGCGAACCUGUUCACGACCCCGGAGGCAAGGGAAGCGCUGUUCAAGGAGGCCGGUGUGGUUUUCGUGAAGGACUCGAGCGCCAACAAGUGCGGCGUUAUCUGCAGCUCGUUCGAGAUCAUCUCGUCCAUGCUCAUGACGUCCGAGGAGUUCAAGGAGAACAAGGAGGGCAUCGUGCUCGACGUGUUGGAGAAGCUCAGGGACGCGGGUCGCCGCGAGGCCGAGCUUCUCUUCCGCGAGCACCGCAACCACCCGGCCACGCCCCUGCCGGCCAUCAGCGAGCGAAUCAGCAACGCAAUCAACUCGGUCACCGACGCGGUCCUCAAGAUCCUGGAUGAUGCACCUUCUGCGGAGGAGCAGGAGGAGCACCUCCGUCUCCUGCUGCCUCUGUUCCGAGAACACCUGCCCGAGAAGCUCGUCGAGGCCGCGUUCGACAGGGUACCUACCACCCUGCCCCCGCAGUACCUCCGCAACGCCAUGGCCUCCUGCCUCGCCUGCAGGGUUGUUUACAAGGAGGGUAUCAAUUUCAUCGACGCCCAGCCUCGAGACCGCCUGGGAGACCUUGCGUUCUCGUACAUCCGGGAGGAAGGGGCCGUCAAGGACCUGGCUCGGGUGGUGGAGGAGGGCGACGACAAGCCCCUGAGCGAAGAGGACAAGAAGAGGGUGGCAGACAUCCUUCGCUCUGCCGGCGUGAGGGCCAGCCUCGGCGUGUACUGA